CACCUGGCGUCAUGGCAAAUGCUCGUGAAAGCUUUGUCGAAUAAAAAACUCCAACCCCAGAACAUUGAUCGGCAUCAUUUUAACUAUACAGCUGGCUUUGAGCUGGCACGAACUAGAAUUCAUAAAUGAUACGAGUCUAAGAUGUCAUAUAUAAGUUGUUGGGAAUGGGGGAACUAUGGGUCAUACCUUGCAGUCGUGCGAGCAUCUCCCCUUCCUCUAGUCUGUUUUCGGAAUUCGAUUAGCCUCGUUAACAUGCUGGAAGCACCUCCGCGUAAAUCAUGGAGGGAAUGUAUACGGAGUUUUACCUGGGCCUGGCAUACAGUGAUCAUGGGCACUGGGGGUACAUCUGCCCUGGUCCACGCAUUUCCAUACGAGAACGCUAGUCCGGCGAUCAAGGUUGUCACUUUGAUCGUUUUUUUCCUUAAUCUCCUGCUUUUCGUCCUGUUCACUGGGGCGACCAUCGCGAGAUACAUAAUGUUCCCUGACACCUGGCGCAAGAUGAUCCGACAUCCAACUCAGGGCCCACUCAUGGGUGCAUUUCCAGCAGGAGCCGCGACGUUAAUUAAUAUAGCAUUGGUAGCCCAUCAAGAAUGGAACUUUGGAAGCACUUGUUUUCUAUAUACCCUCUGGGGUUGCUGGUGGCUCGACUCCAUUGUGUCGUACCUCAUCGCUUUUGGAAUGCUGCACGGGAUGAUGGUGGAGCAGAAACACGCCCUUGAUACUAUGACUGCUUUAUGGCUACUCCCAGCUAUCAGUCUUAUCGUUGCAUCUUCAACCGGCGGUUUACUCUCUACUGCGCUCAAAGCUCAGUCGAUGAAGUUCGCCGCCUUAACAGCGCUGUUCUCGUUGACUAUGGUUAUUAUUGGUCUCAGUCUUGCGUUGAUGAUGAUCACGGUGUACCUUGCACGCCUUGUCAUAAGCGGUCCGCCAGAGAAACUGCUUGUUUUGUCUGCUUUCGUCACAUUGGGUCCUUUUGGUCAAGGAGGAUAUUCGCUGCUUAUUAAUGGCCGGAACCUGUCCGAAAUCCUUCCGCUGUACGUCUCGGGCACUUUCCCAGACGUAGCAGCUGGAGGGCAGAUGAUAUUCUCGUUCUGUUUAUGCGGAGCUUACAUCCUAUGGUCGAUGGGCAUCUGUUGGAUCAUCAUCUCCUCCAACUUAAUAUUCAGCGUGCUCAAAAAGGAGGGGGGGAUACCCUUUUCUAUCACGUAUCAAGGGUUGAUUUUCCCGAAUGCCGUACUUGCCCUUCUCUCGGUGCAGCUUGGAAAUGCUCUUAACAGCGACGUUUUCCGUGGAUUUGGCGCAGCGUGGACAGUUGUUGUCUUUAUUCUGUGGCUGAGCAUCUUUGCAAGAACCGGUCUAGCAGUCAUCGACAGGUCCAUAUUCGUUGCGCCGGAUAAUGCAGCUCCACUCUUGCCACUUGAUAUUAGCGACAGUAUGAACCCUGCGGGAACCAGUCAUACUAUGGCAGCUAUACACCAGUUACAUCUCAGUAACUUCAUGCCUCUUCAUGUGACCAAGUAGUACCCUUUCAAAUUGGGCAUACAUACAUAUACACAUACAUGCAAAGUUCAUCGUUAGUGUACUUACCAGUGUCAUGGGCAGAUUUGAGAAUUUCUCUGAAAGACGAAGAGCGUCAAUGGAACCUCGAGUAUUAAAGACAUGAAUACAGAUGCCAUACUUUAGAAUUCGAAGACGAUAAGUUGAAUGGUCACAUCCAUGAAAAUCGUCUGAAUGAUGCGCUUUCUACCCUCUCGAGCAACAGUCGUCGAGAAUCCGAAAACAGCUUCGAUGACGGCAGUUUUCAGCACAUCUCACAACUCAAUGUUACUGAAAAGUCUUACCUUCAGAAGUUAAUGUGGAUACAUCUAAGGCAGGUGACCUGGUAAUAUUUUGGCUGUGAAGUAGACCUUGGCAGGAGCACGGGUCGUUGCACAGGAAGGAGCGCAGGUUCACGUGACAAACAAGGAUAGAAAGGAGUGUUACCUUGUACCUACAAGGUCACUAUC